AUGGAAGAAUUGAGUGCUUACCAAGUGUAAUUAAAUUCUGUGUUAGAUUUGAAAAAUGUAUUUCUAAUGAAACCACGUUGUAAAGAAUCUGUUGAUAAGAAGAUUGCAAUUGAUUAUUCCCCGAUGUAUAGUGAAGUUUUAGGGUGCAUGCUAAAUACAGUGCCGAUACUAAACAAUGAUGGAGAGCCUUCUUAACAUGGGUUUAUCCUCUAGAUAGAUUAGCCUGUUCAUUUAGCUAAUAGUAUUCAUUAUAGAUCUCAGUUUGAGAAGAAAAUCUAGGAAGUUCAGGAGAAGAACAAGGAUUUACUCUUCCCAAAACCAAGGGGAACUAAAAUCUAUUGCAAUGUUUGUAAAUUAUAUAUAGAGGAUUAUCUAUAACACACUGAAUCUAAAAACCACAAAUUGAAGUUCAGGAAGAACAAAGUCAUCAAUCUCAUCCAUUCUAUGGCUGAUGAAUUUUAGAAGAAUCGAAGUAUGCCUCAAAAUACACCGACUCUUCAUUCCGAUUCUGAUAGAUGUGGUUACUUCUCGUCCAUCUAGGAUGACAGCAUUGAACAUCAAGACAGCACAUAGUAAGAACCACAUACUAUUAAGAAGAUCAAGUUGAAUGAAGAUGUCAGCGCUUUCAACAAGAUGGGCAACUCUCUUGUAAAUAGCUCCAAUUAAUCAUUCAACGAUAAGUACGGAAGGUAGUGUCUUUGA